AUGCAGACUGUCGGGGUGCGGACGAACAUGGUUAUACCGGGAUUGUUCUGGGGCCUUACUCUUCGGCCUGGAGAGCGUUACAGACCCGCCCGUGAGGGCUCCGACCUCCACAUUUCGCAAGCGGCGCUCGCGGGCCCCGGCGGCUUUGCUGGCGAAUCGACAAUGGUGAAGCUCACGUACUCAUCCAAGGCUGCUGAUCCGGUGGCCCAGCCGACUGGUAACUCGAUCACGGUUUGCUCUCUUGUGCAAGGAACAAUCCAUCAAGCUGUGAUCGAUGUAUGGCUUUGUUCUGAUCAGGAGUUUUCGCUUGAGAUCGUGGGUCCAAACUCUGGGCCUUCCACAAGCCGCAAGCGCCCUCGACCAACGAGCCCAGAACCCGCCACGGUCGUUGAGAAGAAAGCGCGGAUCGCUACGUCCUCUCCAAAGCCUGUUCCCGCAAUCUCGCGCCCUUCGGAUGCGAAGGGUAAGACCGUCAUUAAGCCUGAACCGUCCAGCACAAAUCAUGUCGCCAUGCCGCCGACGAUCGACACCAAAUCCAUUCCCCUGAGCAGCGGAUCUGUCUCCAAGAGGCCUGCAGUCGACACGAAACCUAGUCUGCCUGCCUUGGUCUCCUCAAGCACGGCGCAGGAGCUCGACGUCGUGCCAGCUUCCGCAGGCCAAGGGCUUGCUGUCACAGACAUGAUGGCGGGUGCGUCUGAGAUUGUCACGAUCGAUGAUGUGGUCGGAACGGGCGAGGCCGCGGAUUGGGGAGAUACCGUGUACAUGCAUUACUGGGGCAAGGUAAUGGGGGAGAAAGCGCUCUUCGCGCAUAAUGUCUUGAAAGAUCCGGCGGCAAUCGUGCUCGGGCAGAGCAAACUGACCAGGGUUUUGCAAAUGAGUACCAUUGCGAUGAGGCCUUCAGGCCAACGUACCAUUAUAGUUCCGCCGCAUUUAGGGUACGGCCCCCUCGGGAACAAGGCGAACCCCACUAUCCCGAAGAAUGCUACGCUUGUUUACGUUGUGAAGGUCAUUGACGUCAAGAAGGUCGUUGACGUCAAGAAGGUCGUUGACGUCAAGAAAGCCACUCCGGCCCCGGCGAAGUGA